AUGCUUGGACUUCUUUUUUUGGUUUUAUUCACCCCUGGAGUCAGUGAAUCUCUUUGUGUGUCAUCAGAUCUAGAAAUGUCAUACACUUUUUGUGAUUCCAUGGCUCAUGCUUUCAUGAUUAACCUGACACCUUGCAACAUCAUUAACACAUCUGUAUGGAAAGCUGUUCUUUCCUGGAUUCCAAGAAGUGACAUCAGCUUUUUGAAGAUUGUCUUCAACGUCUGGUACAACGGUGCCAAAGCUUUACACUGGAAAGAAGUUCUUUGCAGCGGAGCCGAUGACAAAUACUCGGUGUGUGGAGCAUUGAAAGGAGAAACGAUAGCAACAACAUUUGACAUCAAGGGUGCAAGAAUAAAGUUCCCAAAGGGCAAUUAUAAUAUUAUUGUACAAGCAUUCUCUGAUGAUUCUGAAAAUAACAGAAUUAUAUGCUUGAAUAUCACCAUGAUAGUAACCCAAGAUGCUUUCUGA